GGGAGCCGGGGCCGGUGCGGCGGCCGCUCAGCCCCAGAGCUGCGCCAACAUGGACUGCGGAGUCAUCACCUCCAAGACCGUGCUGCUGCUGCUCAGCCUCGCCUUCUGGGCGGCAGCAGCAGGCCUCAGCUAUGUCGGGGCGUACGUCAUCCACACCUACAAGAGCUACGACAGCUUUGUGCAGGACAAGUACGCCCUGCUGCCGGCCGUGAUCAUCAUCUGCGUGGCCACGGUGAUGUUCAUCAUCGGGCUGAUCGGCUGCUGCGCCACCUUCCGCGAGUCCCGCGUGGGCCUGGGGCUGUUCUUGGCCAUUAUCCUGGUUAUCUUCAUUGCAGAAGUGUCUGCUUUUGUCUUUGGAUUUGUUUACAGAGAAAAGGUAAAAACUGAUGUGCAAGGUACAAUGCGCUCCGUCUUUGAGAAGUAUGAUGGCCAAAACCCAGAGUCUAGGGUUGUGGAUUACUUGCAAGAACAGCUUCACUGCUGCGGGGUUAAGAACUACAGCGACUGGACCACCAGCCAGUGGUUUAAUUCCACUGGGAACAACAGUGUUCCUCAGAGCUGCUGCCAGCAAGAGGCCAAGAACUGCACGGGGCACCUGGAUCAGCCGCAGGAACUCAACACACGGGGCUGUGCUCAGGAACUGGAGUCUGGGCUGCAGAGCGUUAUCAGCUAUGCCAUGCUUGUAAUCCUGGGGUUUGCCAUCAUAAAGUUCUUCGGCAUGCUGAGUGUCUGUGUACUUACUUGCAAGAAGGAAGAAAGUGGAUAUCAGCCUCUUAACUCAUGGGUGUUUGCCUAAUAAACCGAGAACAACCUUGCUUCCUGACGAUGAAACUGACUUGUGAUCACACCACAGCUUUCUGAAAUGUUAUGCUAAGUUUGGACCUGUGAGUACUGAUAGUACUAGGUGGUGCAGUAGGCUCCAGAAAGAAACUUUCUUCUGACCUUCUUUCCUCUGCCCCAAAAACAUGCAGCAGAAACUUUAUCUUUUAAUCAACAAAAUGAUGGAGACCUCAGGAGGGGUUUCAGUUGCCUGCACAAACCUCAGAUCACUCCCCUGAUGUGGUUUAAACAAUAAAAGAAACUUCUGAAUGCCAGGUUUAAAUACUUUUCAUAGGCAUGGGGAUUGGUAGUAUAUUUUUUUCUAUGUCUGAUUGUGCAGUUUCAGAUUUUUUUCCCCUUUCAUAUGUCACAUGUUGUAAUUCUGUUUACUGCAGAGGUUGUUAGUGCAAGACAACCCCGCGCCUAAAGUCUAGAAGAAGCAUUUGUGUGGUUGUUUGGAGCAGCUAGCAAAGAUGAAAAACCCCAGGUUUUGAGCUUUUGGGCUCAGCACGCUCUCUUUGGUUUGUUUCUAAUCUCUUAAUUAUUGACAUUAAAAAUUCCUUAUGAAGCUGGGCUUUUGAACAUUUUCCUCCUCCUUUUUCUAUGGUUUGCCUGGGGGAAUUAGUGCCACGUUUCCACCCUGACCAUGUUUUUCUGCUAAAAUACUAAGAAGAUACAAUCUUGUACUAAGCAAUUUCAAUAAUAUGCUGUAGCACUGCUUUUGUAAAUUUCUGUUCUCCUUAGUUCUGCUGGACACAGAUUGGAUUGUAUCCCUGCUUUAACACAGUCCUUCUUUAACUCGUUUUUAUGUUAAUCUAUUUAUAAGCUUUUCAGAAUUUUGGGGAUAGAGAACAGAGGGAACUGUGAGCUUUUAUGUAUCAGGGAAUUGUGGAAAAGCAAGACAUUCUGCUGAUUCGUUCCUUGGAGAGAUAAGCAGCCUGUCCUCAGUAAAAUAAACCUUUAUAUUUGUGGCUAAAAAGAAAAAAAAAAAAAAAAAGCUAAAAAGGAAAAAAAAAAGGGGGGGGGGGAUCAGUCAGUGUAAACUGUUUAAUUAUCUCCAUCCCUACUGCAAGAGAGAAAAAAAAAAGCAGCAACGGGUGACAAUGUCCUAUAGAAGACACACCAGCAUGAGCAUAUGUAUGUAGAAAACUGAUUUUUUAUUGAGGGCUUUGUCUUCUGUUAAAUGCUGAAAUAAACUGAAUUUAUACAACCAAGUAAUAAAUAGUGAGGCGGUUGUUGGUCGACGCUAUCACAAUUCUCUGGAGGGAGUAAAGUCCUCAGGGGCGGAACCAGAGCGGGAGGCUGAGGGCGCUGCCUCAGAGAGGUCCCGGCCGGCUCCCUCGGCAAUCCCUUCUUUCCCCCCCCCCCCCUCAGCCGUCCUGCCUUCCAUUCCCGCAGCGUUCAGCGAUCCCGGCUCCUUCUCACCCGGCUCCGCUCAGCAAUUCCGCCUUUCGUUCCCGCUCUCCUCAGCGAUCCCGCCUCCCUUCGCGCCCGGCUCUCCUCAGCGACCCGGUCUCCCUUACUGCCUCCCCUAGCGAUCCCGCUUUCCCUUCCCGUUCCCCUUAGCAAUUCCGCCCUUCCUUCCGUUCCCCUCAGCAAUCCCGGCUCCACUGAGCAAUCAUGCCUUCCGCCCUUCUUUGGCGCUCUCCUCGGUGAUCCCGCCUCUCUUCCCCCCUCCUGGCCUUCCUGCCCUGCUUCCCUCAGCAGCCUUCACUUUCCACCCUACCCUUCCCUUCCCUUCCCGCUGUCCUUUAUGACUUUCCGGUUUUUUCUCGCCUUUGGUUAACGUAACUUAUGUGAAAUUACUUGUACGAGAGGAGUUUGCCUGGUGAAGGAAAGAGCCUGUUUCAAGCCGUGCGUUAAGAUUACAUCACCCAAAUAAAUGUGCAUUAGGUGGGCGGAGAAUAUGCAGUAAGCGGGCGUGUUCGUGUGAAUUUUACUGUAUAACAGAUAUAACUUUUUACCCCCUGGCAAGCUGAUUAGUUAGAACGUCCUCCUCGCACGCUGUGCUGAAUAAACAAUGUCUUGUUUCUAAGGUGAA